AUGGCUGGUGGUGCUUCCUCACUCUUCUUUGGCUCCCUUCCUGUUCACUGCCUUCUUCUGCUGUUGCUGAUGGCGGCACCGUCGGCGGUGGCGCAGCAGGGAGGCGCCCGCAACAUAAGCUUGGGGUCGACCAUGGAGUCCGGCGGGUCCGUCUGGACAUCGCCCUCGGGGGACUUUGCCUUCGGAUUCUACCCCAUCCAGCCCGCUAACGAGACCUUCCUCCUCGGCGUCUGGUUCGACAAGAUACAUGGAGAAGACCCUGGUGUGGUACGCCAACGGAGGCCAACCGGUGCGAGGGGGGUCCAGAGCCGAGAUCAAGACAGACGGCCGACUGGUUCUCUACAACCAUGCUGGCCAACUGGUAUGGGACUCGGGCGAUGCGGGCCAGGUCAACGUGGCUUACGCCGCCAUGCUUGACACCGGCAACUUCGUGCUCUGCAGCAACACCUCUGUCAUCGGAUGGCAGAGCUUCGCCUACCCCGUGGAUACCAUCUUGCCAACGCAGGAGAUUAACAGGGGCGGCUUGCUCUCCAGCCGCAGGCUGCCAUCGGACUACUCCGCCGGGAGGUUCCAGCUCCGCUUGCAGACGACCGGCGAGAUGUGCCUUAACACCAUCAACCUACCCACCAAGUUUCCCUAUGAUCCCUACUGUAACGUAAAGAUGGGCCGGCAGAUCGUCUUCAAUCAGACCAGCGGGAGGCUCGUCGUGAAGACGGACGAGGGGAUCAGGGAAGUCGUCUCUGCGGGCAUCUACACGCUGGAGAACUACUACCAGAGGGCGACGCUCGACCCCGACGGUGUCCUCCGGCUGUACGUGUACCCGAAGAGAUACUCCGGCACUCUGACCACGCCGGCGGGGACGUGGUCAGUCGCCGGCUUCUUCCCAGAUAACUUCUGUCAGGAUGUUUAUGUGAAAAUUGGGAGUGGCCCCUGCGGGUUCAACAGCUACUGCACGCUUAACAACAGCUACCCAAUCUGCAUAUGCCCCCCCGGCUACUCUCCCAUUGACCCGGCCGAUGGAAGCAAAGGGUGCAGAACUGAUUACGUGGGACGCGGUUGCAACGACGACGGCUCGCCGGCGGAAGGCAGCGAUAUGUUCGACAUGGAGCAGAUCGCCGACGCGGAUUGGCCUAUGUCCGACUACGAGCAGCUGUCGCCGGUGGACGAAGUCAAGUGCCGGAGGUCUUGCCUGGAAGAUUGCUUCUGUGCUGUCGCAAUCUACAGGAACGGAAGUUGUUGGAAGAAGAGGAUGCCUUUGUCAAACGGCCAGGUGGACGCAACGAAGGGACAGAAGGCCCUGAUCUAAGUGCCCAGGGUUAACUUGUCCUCUCCGCCCGAUACCCAACAGCCGACAGAGGGUCGUCCCCCUCCUCCUCCUCUUCCUCUUCCUCAUCCAGGCUUGUUAUGUGGGUGUUGUUAGGGUUAUCAGGAUUCAUCAACCUUUCAGUACUGAUUGCGCUCAUAGUUCUUAGCUUGUGCUCGCCACGAGGGUUGAAGAAGCUGCUGCAGUGGCAGGGGAAGAGGGAGCCAGACGCGAGAUGUCGGGGAGCGUAUAACCAUGUCCGCUCCUUCUCCUUCAGAGAGCUGGAGAGAGCCACGGGACACUUUCAAAAGGAACUGGGCAAGGGAAGCUUCGGUGUCGUCUACAAGGGGACCCUGGAAUUCAGCGGGGAGAGGACCCACAUAGCUGUCAAGAUGCUGAAGGGGUUGUCCGAAGAAGGCGAGAACGAGUUCCAGGCGGAGGUCAACGCUAUUGGCCAGAUCCACCACCGGAACCUCGUCCGGCUGCUCGGCUUCUGCGACGAGGGAUCCCACCGGCUGUUGAUCUACGAGCUAAUGAGCAACGGAUCCUUGGCGGACUACCUCUUCGCCGCCGCCGGCGGAGAGAGACCUCCAUGGGAGCAGAGGAUCCACAUCGCCUUCGGCGUGGCGAGGGGACUAGUGUACCUCCACGACGAGUGCAGAGCCCAGAUCAUCCACUGCGACAUCAAGCCCCAGAACGUGCUCCUCGACGGCGACCUCAGGCCGAAGAUCGCCGACUUCGGGUUGGCGAAGCCGCUCUACGCCAACCAGACGCGCACCCAGACGGCGAUCAGGGGGACGAAAGGAUACGUGGCGCCGGAGUGGUUCAAGAGCACGUCGAUCACAUCCAAGGUGGACGUGUACAGCUACGGCGUCCUCUUGCUGGAGAUCCUCUGCUGCAGGAGGAACGUUCCCGCAAAGGAUACCGCCGCCGAUGAGCCGAUACUGACUGACCUGGCAUACGACUGCUACAGAUACAAUCAGGUAAGCCAGCUGGUGCCCGACGGCGAAGAGGGGUUGGUGGACAUGAAGGAGCUAGAGAGGCUGGUGGCCGUGGCACUGUGGUGCAUCCUGGAUGAACCUUCUCUCAGGCCUUCCAUGAAGAAGGUGCUGCUCAUGUUGGAGGAUGAAGCGGAGGUCCCCACCCCCCCCGAAUGGAGCUCCACCCGCAAUUAA